AUGGGGCUGUUCUCUGUUCUUUCUUUUGGUUAUUUGGUAAAGAAACAGAAAGGGAAACAAGUGCUGUCUCAGUCUCUGAGCACAGGGAAAAGACAAGAACGAGCACAAGAGCAAGACUCAACCUUGAGAGAAAGAGAGAGAUAUUCAGAGCUGAUAGGCAUACAUUUAAUUUUUCUUUUUUCUGUUACUCUGCUUCCCCUAUUUCAGGGUGAGAAGAGAGAGAGAGAGGGUGGUGGAGAAGAAGAAGGAGAAGAAGAAGCAGCAAAUAAAAGACUGGCAGAGAGAGUGUAUGGAGCUGCAAGGGUAUCACAUGGUACGCGGAUAGCGAUUAAUGCAUGAGAGAAGAGAAGGUGC